CAGGGCUGGUGGCAACAUGACGAGCGAGGUGAUUGAGGAUGAGAAGCAGUUCUACUCAAAGGCCAAGAGCUAUUGGAAGCAGAUCCCCGCCACGGUGGACGGCAUGCUGGGGGGCUACGGCCACAUCUCCAGCAUUGACAUCAACAGCUCGCGCAAGUUCCUGCAGAGGUUUCUGAGGGAUGGCCCGAACAAGACGGGGACAUCCUACGCCCUGGACUGCGGCGCUGGCAUUGGCCGGAUCACCAAGCGGCUGCUGCUGCCACUCUUCCGCGUGGUGGACAUGGUGGAUGUGACGGAGGACUUCCUGGCCAAGGCCAAAACCUACCUGGGGGAGGAGGGCAGGCGUGUGCGCAACUACUUCUGCUGUGGCCUGCAGGACUUCAGCCCCGAGCCUGGCUCCUAUGAUGUCAUCUGGAUCCAGUGGGUCAUAGGCCACCUGACAGACCAGCACCUGGCCGAGUUCCUGCAGCGCUGCCAGCGUGGCCUGCGCCCCAACGGCAUCAUCGUCAUCAAGGACAACAUGGCACAGGAGGGCGUGGUCCUGGAUGAUGUGGACAGCAGUGUGUGUCGGGACCUGGACGUGGUGCGCGGGGUCAUCCGCAGCGCGGGCCUCAGCCUGCUGGCUGAGGAGAGGCAGGAGAACCUGCCAGACGAAAUCUACCACGUGUAUAGCUUUGCCCUGAGAUGAGCCAGGGUGGCAGGACCCAUGGGACCGGAGCCAGGGCGGGAGUGCUGGCAGCUGGCCGAGAGCCUGGCUCCACAUGGCCAACAACAGAUGGUGGCUUGUGCGUGUGGAGGCCACUAAAUACAGCUGUCUGAGUCCACUCC